GAUGGGAGCGCUGAAUAGAUCGGAGGGACCAAAUGCACAGUAGGGUACAAAUCCAUAGGCUGUCCUUUCCUCACAAAAUCAAAAAUCAAAACAGCAAUGGAUGCCAUGCCAGAGUAUUCCCUCUUCCUUGUGAGAAUUUUGGAGGAAUUGGAUACUAAGUAUAGCACCGUUUCAUACCAAGACCUUUGCAAGUCCCUGUGUGCCAGGUUUGAUUUGGUCCAUUUGGCUAAGCUGAGGAGUCUGCUGUUCUACACAGCAUGCUUGGAUCCAGCUUUCCCCGCAACCUUAUUCAAAGACAAGAUGAGGUGCUCGGUGGAGGACCAACAGUCCAAGAAGCUCAUGGUGGCGGCGGACAUUGUCACUAUGUUUAAUCUCAUCCAGAUGAAUGGAGGUAUGGCCAAAGACAAGUUGCCAAUGGGUCGGAGACCCAAGUUUCACAAGAACCAGUCCUUUGAGUCCUGUCGAUCUGACACGGAUGUGUAUAAAUUCAACGAUAACGACAGGGGGUACAACCUCAUGGACACCAGGGGUCAUCACGUCUCUCGGAAGUCACCCUGCCCAAAAUCUGACUGCAAUAACUGCCAGCAGUUUAUACCAACCUCAGAACCCAACUUCCUCUUGGGAGUCACCAAGGAUCUGAAAUGUAGGGCAGCAUCGUUGGAUAAACUACAGCAUCUGCCACAGUACUCCAGCGUCAGUCCUCCUCCAUGCGAGAUGCAGAGCACUUACUUCCCCAUGGACAUCGACAGCGAGUCAACAACGGACCAGGAAUCUCUCCACGCCAACCCAGGGAUCAAGGAUGUUUUCGUGUCCAGCAGAGAGCCUUUCACCGUGCACUCAUGCAUGCAAAAGCGGAAUGUCUUCAAAGAGGAUUUCCACAACCUUGUUGCCUUUUCACCCCACGUGAUCACUACGGAGUGCAGAGCGAAUCCCAAAGCUGGUGGCGAGUACCACCACAGGAGGGAGCUGAGCAAGCCUCCCACUUUCUUCAAUCACAGUUUCGAGCUGCCAUACAGCUACAACAGCAACGGCUCACUGUCUCAGGUGACGAAAUCAGACAGGGACAGCUCACCUGAUCAGAACACUGUCAAGCUGGGCAAAACCGGGAUCAAGCUCGACCGCCUCUUCCAGUCACUGGAGAACUCAGAUGAUGAGCUCAAAGAGAGCGUCUGCAAACUGGUACUCAGGAUUGGCGAGAUUGAGAAGAAGCUUGAGUCUCUUUCAGGGGUGCGAGGGGAGAUCUCUCAGGUCCUCUCGAAGCUUACUAGACUGGAUGAGAAGAUUCAAGAACCAGAGGCUAAUGGGAAAUCAAGUGAUAAUGGCCACGUGGAGCAGGUUAAGACCGAUGCGAACCUCUCGCCUCACGUUUUCCAGUGUCACACCACUGGACACAACAUGAAGGUGGAAAAAAGUCCAGAAUGGUGCUGCUCAGAGGCUGAUGGAAGUGAAAUCCUUAGGGUUAAAGCUUUAAAGAAGAGCAUGUUCAUACGCAGGUCAUCCAGGUCGCUAAACGAGGAUAACAGUGCGACUGAAUCCAAAGUGGCCAGCAUCAACAACUCACCUCGAGACUGGAGGACUGUUUCUUACUCCGGGCACACAGGGGACGAAGGGAAAGAAAAUGACCGGCAUAGUGAAGGCAAGGACAGACAUAGGAAACCCAGAGAGAUCGGAGGGACCAAAUGCACAGUAGGGAGGACUUCAAGCAAGCAUGGAAAACAGCCAGCCUGGCCUGUCAAGAGCUUGAGUCUCAAUACCGAAGAAGGUCCUGACUUUGAGAGGUCCUUUUUAAAUGGCAAAGUGGUAAAGGACAAUCACCGUCAUAACAUCAGCACCAUGGAAAAUGACCAGCACUUUCAGUGUGCAAAGGACAAGCCCACUGCCUCUCCCUCAGGAUUCCCCAAGAAGUCCAAUGGAACCAAAACAAAAGAGAUGUCUUCUGUGGCUUGCGGACCCAGUGUUGAGAAAAGAGAGGUUGGGAAAAGGUACAAGGACAAGAGUGUCAACUCUCCAUCAUUUCAGUCGAGCAAUGUGGACAAUGGCAUGAGUGUUGGGACCCAGACGGAACAACCUGAAAGUAGGAAAGCGAAAGAUUACUCCGUUCACAACAAAUAUGGAGAGAGGCCACCCUUAAAACACUCAGAUGAAGACUCUGAGAUGGUCAGCGACGAUAUCAGUGACAUCUUUCGAUUUCUGGAUGACAUGAGUGUUUGCGGCUCUCUUGGAGUUGUGCAGUCAUCGUGCUACAACAGCAACG